AUGCAGAUGCAGGAGCGCCAGGCAUUGCUGCACGAGGGUUCUGGUUCAGCCGUCAUGUCCGCGUACGUCGAAGUCUGCUUCGACAACACAGAAGAUCGCUUCCAGACUGGCAAACCCGAAUUCUACCUGCGUCGAACAAUUGGUGCCAAAAAAGAUGAAUACUCGGUCAACCGCAAGAACGCCACCAAGUCAGAGGUCAUGCAGAUUCUUGAAUCUGCUGGUUUUUCGCGAUCAAACCCUUACUACAUUGUCCCUCAAGGCCGUGUAACAGCACUCACCAACAUGAAGGACUCUGAGCGUCUCAAACUACUCAAGGAAAUCUCCGGAUCCAACCAAAUGUGCCAACAUUGA